GCGGCGGCGGCAGUAGUGGCAGGAGGAGGGAAAGGGUGGGCCCCGAGGGCUACACACGUUAACACUUUCAAGUUCCCUCGCUGGGAGAGGUGGGGCCGCAGAAGAAGGAGGCCAGGAGCUGUCCCAUCUGUCCCGUCCCGUCUCCCCUCUUCCUCUUGCUCCCUGUGCCCUGGCUCUGCAAGAGUUGAGGGUUCGCGUGGCCUUACGUGGCAGUGAGGGCGAGAGGGCCGGGAGAGAGGGAGCAGGGCCAAGGACGCGCGAGGAAAGAUGCCCAUCCUGCUGUUCCUCAUAGACACGUCCGCCUCCAUGAACCAGCGCACUGACCUGGGCACCUCCUAUUUGGACAUUGCCAAAGGCGCUGUGGAGUUAUUCUUGAAGCUACGCGCCCGAGACCCCGCCAGCCGCGGAGACAGGUACAUGCUGGUUACCUACGACGAACCCCCAUACUGCAUCAAGGCUGGUUGGAAGGAAAAUCACGCAACAUUCAUGAGCGAACUAAAAAAUCUUCAGGCUUCUGGACUGACUACUCUUGGUCAGGCUCUAAGAUCUUCAUUUGAUUUGUUAAAUCUCAAUAGAUUAAUAUCUGGAAUAGACAAUUAUGGACAGGGGAGAAAUCCAUUUUUUUUAGAACCAUCUAUUUUAAUUACCAUCACAGAUGGAAACAAGUUAACAAGUACUGCUAGUGUUCAAGAAGAGCUUCAUCUUCCUUUGAAUUCUCCUCUGCCUGGAAGUGAACUAACCAAAGAACCUUUUCGUUGGGAUCAAAGGUUAUUUGCCCUGGUGUUGCGUUUGCCUGGAGUGGCUUGUACAGAACCAGAGCAGCUAGGGAGUGUACCAACUGAUGAAUCAGCCAUCACACAAAUGUGUGAAGUCACAGGAGGUCGCUCCUACUGCGUUAGAACACAGCGAAUGUUGAACCAAUGCUUAGAAUCUCUAGUUCAAAAAGUACAGAGUGGUGUAGUUAUUAAUUUUGAAAAAACGGGACCAGAUCCACUUCCUGUUGGAGAAGAUGGACUUAUGGAUUCAUCUAGGCCAAGCAAUUCAUUUGCUGCUCAACCAUGGCAUAGUUGUCAUAAACUCAUUUACGUACGGCCUAACUCUAAAACUGGUGUUCCUGUUGGACAUUGGCCAAUUCCAGAAUCAUUUUGGCCAGAUCAGAAUUUACCGUCACUACCACCAAGAACAUCUCAUCCUGUUGUGAGAUUCUCCUGUAUAGAUUGUGAGCCAAUGGUGAUAGAUAAACUGCCCUUCGACAAAUAUGAACUUGAACCUUCUCCCUUAACUCAGUAUAUCUUGGAACGAAAGUCUCCGCAUACCUGCUGGCAGGUAUUUGUUACUAGUAGUGGAAAAUAUAAUGAACUUGGAUAUCCAUUCGGUUAUUUAAAAGCCAGUACAACUUUAACUUGUGUAAACCUCUUUGUGAUGCCUUACAACUACCCAGUUUUACUUCCUCUUUUAGAUGACUUGUUUAAAGUUCACAAGCUUAAGCCAAAUCUGAAGUGGCGACAGGCUUUUGACAGCUACUUAAAAACUCUGCCUCCAUACUACUUAUUACCAUUAAAGAAAGCACUAAGGAUGAUGGGAGCUCCAAAUCUGAUAUCAGAUAAUUUAGAUUGUGGACUUAGUUACAGUGUUAUCUCUUACCUUAAAAAACUCAGCCAACAGACCAAACUAGAGUCAGAAAGAAUAUUAGCGUCAGUGGGGAAGAAACCUCCCCAGGAAAUUGGUAUCAAAGUGAAAAAUCAUUCUGGAGGCAACAUGUCCUUGGCUCACAAUAAAAAUUUUAGAAAACUAUUGAAAGAAAUCACAGGGGAAACUGCACUGAGAUUGACAGAAUUGAAUACCAAAGAAUUUGCAGGCUUCCAAGUUGGGCUCUUAAACAAGAAUUUGAAACCUCAGACAUAUCGAAAUGCUUAUGAUAUUCCACGUAGAGAUCUUUUGGAUCAGUUGACCAGAAUGAGAUCCAACCUACUGAAAACACACAAGUUUAUCGUUGGACAAGAUGAAGAUUCCCUUCAUAGUGUUCCAGUUGCACAAAUGGGUAACUAUCAGGAAUAUCUGAAAACCUUGGCUUCUCCACUUCGAGAGAUUGAUCCAGAUCAACCAAAAAGACUACAUACUUUUGGAAAUCCAUUUAAACAAGAUAAAAAGGGAAUGAUGAUUGACGAAGCAGAUGAAUUUGUAACAGGGCCACAAAACAAAUUGAAACGUCCUGGAGAGACCAGUCCUAUGUCAGCUAAGAGAAGGCGGAGUAUGUCCCUGCUAUUGAGGAAACCGCCAACACUGCCUACUGUGACAAACCAUGUGGGCGAAAAGGGAUCACUGCCGGCCUCGUGGUUCUCAUCAUAUCCAAACCUAAAACCCACCCUUGUACAUUCAGAUGGCGCUGUCAUUCAUGAUGUCCAUGAGGAGAAGAUGGAAAAUGGGCAGACCCCUCCUGAUGGCUUCUUGUCAAAAUCUACCCCAGUGGAGGUUCUGAAUGUUACAGGAGAUGGCCUUCCAUCCAAUCAAUUGGACUCUCUGUCUGAUGACUUUGCUAGUCUCAGGAAAGAUGGACUGAUUCACAAACCUGGUAAUAAUGUUCUUGUAGGAGGAGCUCCAAACUGCAGUCUGUCUGUAGAUGACCAAAAUAUCACAGUACCAUCUACUUUGGAAACUAUAUUGCCAAAUACGUUGCAAAUCACUCCUGCAAUGGCACAUGGAAUCAAUGCUGAUAUAAAACACCAAUUAAUGAAGGAAGUUCGAAAGUUUGGACGAAAGUAUGAAAGAAUUUUCAUUUUGCUUGAAGAAGUACAGGGACCUCUGGAGAUGAAGAAACAGUUUGUUGAAUUUACCAUCAAGGAAGCUGCAAGGUUUAAAAGACGAGUUUUAAUUCAGUACCUGGAGAAGGUACUAGAAGAAAUAGAUUCCCAUUACCUUCUCAACAAUGUUAAUCACAUAAACAGCAGAUCAUCAUGUUAAUGCAAAGACCCGUGCGAAAAAAAGGACAAGUUUUCUAUGCUAUACAGUGAAACUGGAUGUUGUUGCAGCAUCCUAAAAUGUUUGAGUCAACAGAAUCACCCUCCAUAGUCUAAGAAAAAAAAUGGUGGACUUAAUUGAAAGCACCCAUUUUGGUUUUAUUGUUUCUUUUCCCAAUUGAGGAAGAUGAUGCUGUUAAUUCAGUGUACUAAAUUCAUAAAACACUGCUGCCCCUGCCUACCAUAGGUAGUAAGGGUUCACUCUUUUAAACUUUGCCAUCCCCGGCAUUUUCUGAGUGAAGAGGGGGCACCAGCAAGUGGAGCACUACUUAAAAUGUUCUUACCAUGUCCUUUAGAAACAAUAAGCAUACAGAAUCAGAGGCUGUCCUGUGUAUGCUAAAGAGUUUUUAAUAAUCCCUAGUUGUGCCUUUUGAAUCAUGCAAUAUUCAAGAUAGUUUGAAUCAGAGUAAGAAGCUGCUAUUUGGGUAACUUAUUUUCUUUGGGAAGGGCCAGGGAGAGUCACCAAACAAUCUACCUCCAACUCUCUUCUAUUUUGUCUAGAGACAUUACAAAGUACACCUGAGGCUGCCCUAACCCUGGACAUUUUGUUCUUGCAUGUGACAACAAAAAGUCUUCAGGUGGACUUGUACAUUCUGUGCUUUGGAAGCACUAAAAGAAAAAAAAAAUAAUGUGUAUAUUUCCUUUAAUGUUUAUACAAAAGUUUAUAUGGAGCAGUAUUAUUAUGUUUGUAUUAAUUUGUAAAAAUGUAAGUGUUGAAAGAUUUUGACUUUGCAUAUAUGAAAUAAAUCAUUUUAUUGAUUUUCACAAGUUCAUUAAUGAUAGAAAA